AUGGCCAUCUACAGCGCCGUGCCCCCGCCGCCCGGGUUGCAAUCGAAUCCCAACCAGCAGCAGCAGCAGCAGCAGCAACCCCAGCAGUCCCCAGCGGCCUCUGGCCCAAUCGACAUCGAGGCCUGGACCAUCUCGGCCCUCGAGGCCCUGAGCGUGUCCCCCGCCGCCGCCGGCACCACCGGAAGGCCCCUCGGCAUCCCCCUCGACGACCACCACCACGAUGCUGCCUCAGCCGCCGCCGGGCGCGUGACCAUCGCCGCCGCCGACGGCACCACCACAUCCAUCACCCCACCGCGCCGGCCCCCGUCCCGCCGCGACUCGCUGCGCCGCCGCGAGCUGCUCCUCAAGGGCAAGGAGGGCUCCCGCCAGCGCAGGCGCUACGACAUGAAGCGCCUGACCGACGUGCCCAACGUCGAGCCGCCCGAGCCGCACGACUGGGAGCCGCGCCCCGUCCACCCCGUCCAGCACGUCCCCUACCACGUGGCCGUCUUCUGGGACCGGGGCCUGAGCCAGCAGGCCGAGGAGAAGAAGAACACCGCGGCCGCCGCGCGCAGGAGGGUGGCGGGUGUCGGCGGCCCCGGCGGCGGCGCGGCGGGGAGGGUGCCCCGGGAGCUGCGCGAUACCCUCAAGCGCACGCCGGGCGUCAAGGCCUGGCUGCGCGCGCUCGAGGAGCCCGUGCGGGACUUCCUCGCCGAGAGGCAGCGCGCCGCGGGGCUGGCGGCCCCUGACGAGGACGAGUCGGACAUGUCGGACGACGAGGUCGUCUUUGUCGGGCGCAGGAAGAACAACAACAACAAUGCUGCUGCCGCCCCGGCGCGCGAUGGCGACGGCUCCUCGUCGUCGUCCUGGAGGUCGGCGCACCGCGAGGUCCGCGACGGGCCGGCCGUCGACCGCGGCAUGAUGUUUGACUCGUCGGGCGACGACGAGGGCAGCGCCUCCUUCAAGAGGUGGCUCACGCACUCCAUCUCCGACUACUACGGGCUCGUCUCGCGGUCCGUCUCCGUCGGCACCCCCGCGCGGAGGUGUGUCUAUGUCGGGGUGCGCGAUGUCGACCUCAAGAUCCGCACUGCGCUCCCUCGCCCGCUCUGGGAGAUCUUCUGA